GAAUGAGACGCGUAGUGCUGAUCGACCAAUAUAUGUGCUUCUAGUUCCUUUGGCGGCCGUUGAGGAGAGACGACUCACCGGCGCCGGCUGGCUGGCUCCUUGAGGUUAUUCUUCAUUGCAUGCAUGCAGUUGGAGCAAAUCUGAAUCGGCCGGCUUACGACUCCCUCCAUCGACGACCAAGAAGAUGAGUUUCGGAGUCGAUGCUUCGCAGGACCUGCAACUGCCUGCUAGGGCUAGCGGAACCGACACGACCACCCUGAGCGCGCAAGGCGACGGCCACGACACCAGAGUGGUCGUCAAGCAGAGCGUGGCGGCCGUGCCGGUCCGGCAGGGGUGGCAGACCGGCCUGUUCGACUGCGAAGACGACGGCUGCGACGCAUUUUGCUGCAGCGUGUGGUUCCCCUGCGCGGCGUUCGCCUGCGUCGCCGACAUCGUCGACCAGGGCUCGGAAGGCCGGUGCGUGCACUUCACCUGCUACCUUGUGGCGGCCUACUUCGGGCUGUGGUGGGUGUACACGGGGUGGUACCGGCGCAAGCUGCGGGAGCGGUACGGCCUGCCGGAGACGCCGCUGCCGGACUGCCUCACCCACCUGCUCUGCCACUGGUGCGCCCUCGCCCAGGAGUACAGGGAGCUCGCCAGGCGGGGAUUCGACGUCGACGAGGGCUGGGAGGGUCGGCCGCGGCCGGCGACUGCACCGGCGGCGACCGCCGUGCCACGGGUCCAGGUGCCGAUGACCAGGCUAUGAGCGAUCGAUCUAGCGCAGCGUGGGACCGUCGAACGAGCUAACCAGCACGGUUAACUCCGGUCUCCCAGCUUAGUCAAGUACCCCACUGCCUUAAUAAUAACACCCAUCCUGGCCGUGCGCGUGUGUGCAUAGCUUUUGGUUUGCUCUGUCUGGUAUGUACUGUGUGCUGUGGCGAUUUGUACUUGGCCUGCCCGGCUGUAAUGCCAGUCACUUAAUUAUGCUAUGCGUGGUUAG